AUGGAGGAGCCGCUGCUGGUCGCCCCCAUCAACCCCAACAACUUCCCGGCCAAGCUGUGGCGCCUGGUGAACAGCCCGCGGUUCCGCUCCAUCCGCUGGGACACCCGCGGCGAGGGGCUGCUCAUCGACCAGCCGCUCUUCGAGGCCGAGCUGCUGGGCGCCGGGCCGGGCCUCGGGGCGGGGCCGGGGGGCGACGGGGGCGCGGCCGCCUCGGCCGAGCUCUUCAAGACCACCAACUUCACCAGCUUCAUCCGGCAGCUCAACCUGUACGGCUUCCGCAAGGUGGUGCUGGGCCCGCCGGGCGGCUCCUCGGCCGCGCCCGCGCCCGGGCCCGGGCCCGCGGGCGGCGGCGCCUCCGGGCCCCUGCACCACUUCCACAGCCCGCACUUCCGCCGCGACCGCCCCGACCUGCUCGUCCACCUCAAGAGACUCACCAGCGCCAACAAGGCCAAGCUCGCGGCCGGCCUGGAGGUGACCAGCCGCCCGCCCAACCGCUUCCAGCGGCUGCUCAGCACCUCGCUGCACGGGGAGCCGCUCGCGUCCCCGCCGGGGCCCGGCAAGGCCGAGAAGCCCGGAGCACUGACAAUAGGACAGUUUCAUCGAUCUUUUCGGCGAGACAGUUUAUCUCCUUACUCCUAUGUAUCUGCUUCAUCCCACAACCACAGCACUUUAUCAUCGAAAGGUUCAGAUCGGACUCCAAUCCCUCCCAGAACAUGGCAGAACUCCCUUGGGAUGCUUCCAGGGCAGGUGGAGACUUCCCCGACAUUUUCAGACAAAGGGGUUCCAUUUCCUGUACUCCAGAGGUUUCCAACAGAGGUCACGUACACUCUCCAACCCAGUGCCACGUCUAUGCACAUACAACAAGGACCGCAGACAAUGGCCACUUCUUCCCAGAAAUAUAGCAACUACACACCUUCAGCACAGUACUCCCAAACCUACUACCCAACAGCUGUGUUACAGUGCUGCUCACCUACGGCUCACCUAGAUCCUCUUAGUGGCUGUGGCAGUCCUACAGCCUCAACCUACACACACUGCAGCUAUUUCCAGAAUCCUCCAAUGCAAUCAUCAUACCCAGUUGAAUUUUUGCCGUCUAACUGGCCAUGCAAUACAGCUGAUGAAAACAAGAAGACCGAAGUAAACCUAGAGGCUGUCUUUCAGAUUGUAGAUGAGAUGCAUUCAUCCCCCAAGCUAGAGAUGGUGAAGGUGGAACCUGUGGAGAACCAGUGUCCAACCCCACAGCCUAAUGCAGGCCAGCAAUUGAUAGUUAAUCCUGGGAAUAAUGAUGCACCUUCCUCGAGUCAUGCCAGCCAGCUGGAGCCUCUUACACCUGUAGGUUCUGAUAUUACAUUUAUGGUGGGAACAGAUCAAGCAAUAGCCUGUUCUCUGCCACAGCCUUCUGAAUUUAUUUAUACUAUCCACACCACCAAGCCUGUAGAGAAUACUGCUGCACAAAUGGGGCAGGAACCUGCAGCCACACAGGAAGAACAUGCAAAACUGAAAGAACAGAUGAGCCAUGCUUCAGCUCAGUCUUCAGUGGUGUUUCUUCAGGAGGGACUGCCCUUCAGUCCACAGCAGGUGGAGCCCAGUAUUAAGUGUCAAACCAGUCCAUCGGAGACAGUUGUGUCUUCGGAGCAGGUAGGAUUCCUUAUUUCAGAUGUGGAACCUGUGAGCAAAUCUGUCAAAGACACAGCUUCAUCCAUACAAACCAGGUGCAGAGAGAGAAGAAGCAGUUCACAGAAGGGCAAGUCUCCUGAUCUCCAUCUACUGGUGGAUGUAGCUUGCAAACAGGAGCACUUUCCAAAAGAAGAAUUAAGAGAGUGA